ACUUUCGAAGAAUCGAGAAGAUUACAGGAAAGUCUUACGAAGCUCACCGAAAUUCUUCAAGAUAAAAGCAAAGGCGAUGAAAUUCAUACAACAAAAAUUUACCAUCAACCCGAUGUAGGAAUGCUAUAUUCGACAAAUCGGCAACUUGAACAUGAGCUUGAAGAACUCACCUCAUCAUCGAGGCGUAGCACUCUUAGGCGCCAUUAUACACCCGGUGAUUAUCUAAAAUAUAAUAGUGAAACGGAAGGAUAUGGUAGCCUUGGUCGAAAUCGACGUUCUCUAUCAGCUUCCGCACUUGGCAGAGGCAUCCGUAAAAUUCGGGAUAUUUAUGAACAUAGUUAUUUGUCUAGUGGCUAUAUAUUCGCCUUAUGCACAUAG